GCUGUAGCAACGACCUGGCAACGAACAAGCGCGUGGACUAGAAGUGUAAAGUUUACCAAACAACACACAGUAGCAGCACUUUCCUCAAGUAUUUUACUUCUAAAUCGUGUCAAAGUCGACGGAUUUUAAUCAUGACGACCAUAACAUUUGGAGGAGGCCCUAGUCUUAACCAGAGGAGAGAUUUUGCUGGUUUACCAGAUGGAACUCAUGUUCCUGGGUAUCGCGGCUAUUGCCCUCAGAUUAAGUACAGAGUCGGAAAGACAUAUGGAAAAGACACUCACCUAUUGGCCCAGAAGACAAUCCACGUCCAACCCCAGGAUCCAAUCGAACCUCGUCCCAGAAUUGCCAAUGUUAACCCCCUGCCAAGCUCCACGGGAGACAACAAAUACACAGAACAAAUGGUACCAGGUUAUACAGGUUAUAUUCCACGUAUGCCAUUCAAAUUUGGUAACACAUACAAAGAAGACUGUGAUUGGUGUAUAGACCAGUUCUCCUCAACUAAAAAUAACCACAUGGAUAAAACUCAAUCACUCAAACACACAGUAAAGGGCUUCCCCAAGCUUCAGCCAAUCAGCAGAGACCCAGCUGUACGUGAUAAUUUGAGAACAUAUAGAGAUACCCACCCCCUGCAGCCAACUUUAAUCGAGGACAAACGUGGGCAGACAGAGGCUCCCAUCCCAGGAUAUCAAGGUUUCGUACCCAGAAUCUACACAACAGAACUGGGCCUUGGUUGCAGGUACCAUAAUAUGACCAAAAAUGGACUAGAAUCAUUCUAUGAUGAAACCGCUCAGCACAAAGCAUGGAAGUCACAACCAAUUAAUAUUAACAAUUCUCCAUCCAUUGCCAACCCCCAGUCUAUGUACAGUAGAAGGCUUUACUUGAAUGACGGUAUGAUCCCUAAAUACACAGGAUAUGUUCCACAGAGAAGAUUCAACUUUGGCAACACAUACGGAGACACCACUAGAACUAUGGAGGUAUGCGGCCACAAAGACACUUGCUUUGGGGAACAUCAAAAUAAGAAAGGACCUAUGACCCAUCAAUCCAUAUAAUAAUCUAAUGUAGUCUCUCAAGCCUGGUCAGCCAUAUAGACCAAUCAGAUGCAAGAACUCUUGUUGAUUGAUGCUGAGGACUAUGGGAGUAUGUGGCCUCCAUUGAUUUAUCUAUUCCAUUGAAUGGUGAUUUGAAGUCACAAUUACAUGCCAUUUUCUGAGAAGAGCUAGCUAGGUUGUCACAUUUUGGAAUGUGAAAUAUUGUAGAAGAGAGUAAUUUGCAUGGAAUGAAGUAAAGAGGCAGGAAGUUAACACUUAGGAGUGAAAUGUUCGAAAAUCAGAGUUUAUUCAUUUAAUCUUAAGGAGAAAUGGCAUUAGCAUUUGUUCUAUAUCGAGGUCUGAAAUAACAUUAUAAAAGAUAUAACCUCAGGUCAGGAAAAUGAAGCAAUUGGGGAUUAAUUAUGUUACUAAUGUGCAUAGAGGUAUGAAGCUGUGGGCUUCAGCAUUUAUAGUCAAGUGUCCAGCCUGGAAAAAGUACUCAAAA